UGAUUCUCGAUUACUUCAUAUACCCCGAUAUGCCGAAGGAUAUAAAAUGCACAGCGAUCCCAAUUUGACUUUCAUCUACGACUACCUUCACUCUCAACGACGGCAAUGUCCAGCAGUGAAGAGCAAGCGGAGCUUAUCUACGAAGCGUUGGAUGGAUAUCUGAAUUCGCUAUGUCUUGAAUCGCUAAUGCAUGGGUUGUACACGGCUGUUCUGCUUUCCGGCCUCACGAAUAUGCUGUUCAACAAAAGAGGUCGCAACCGAUUGUUCAUGGUCGCGAUUAUCGCCGUGCUCUAUAGCUUCGAAACCGUUCACUUGGGAGUCCGAUGGUAUUGGGUACGACAAGCGUUCAUCGUCAACGGGGAUUCAAGGACCACGAUAUACGAAUCCUUCCUGAAUGCAGACUAUCGUUGGAUGUGGGCCGUGAGCGGGGUCUUUGCCAGCGUGAAUAUACUGAUAGCGGACUGUGUCCUGAUUUGGCGCGCCUGGGUCGUCUGGGAUCGCAAUUUCAAAAUCGUCGUCGUCCCGAUAAUCGGAGCCAUCCUCGAAAUCAUUUUCGACGGAUUCUUUCUGUAUCAAGAUAUAGGUCAUACUUCCAGCUCUUCAUUGAGCAACUGGGGACCGGACGCUGUGGAUUGGGGCAUCGCAUACUUUACGAUGUCGCUGAUCACCACCGUUCUCUCGACCUGUCUUGUGGUAUUUCGAAUUGCCACAAUGGGCCGUGGCGCUAACCAUGCCGUCUCGCUUCGGUCGUACAGAGGGGUUAUCGAGAUUGUCAUCGAGUCUGCUGCGCUGUACGCGGUGUCUUUGAUCAUCUUCCUGGCGUUUUUCGCCCGAGAUGACCCCAGGAGCGUGUAUCCACAGGCAAUCUUAAAUUCUGUUACGGGCAUUGCGCCGACGUUGAUCGUAGCGAGGGUGGCGUCUGGCCGGGCACGCCCUGACGAGAGUUGGGCGACUAACUCUUCGGCGACGGUUACUUCGUAUUUCAGUCGUCGGUCCCGAGGCAACGACAGGAUAUCGUUACCGCUGAACAUCACCAUGAAGACGUCGACGGAUGUUGCCCUCGAUGUGAUAACGGAUAAGGAUUUGGCCAACUGGAAGGUUCAUGAGCUCCCUGGCGAUUCAGCCAGCGGUCGUAUACGCCACUAGAGGCUAGAGCUUUCGGCAAGCAAAAUGUUAAAUCUUUCUGUACUUAACAACCUACCUUCCAUUCAUUUUGUUCUGAGUAGUUCGAGACGCUCUCGCUUACUUUGCCAUUCUUGAGCGCUCUAUUCUGCGGGAAUUCUUUCCGCAGUCAUUGUAUGUACAAAGUAGGCACAUAUACCUCGUCGUUUGACGUCGUGUUUCAACAGACCUUUUUAUUUGUAUCCAUAUUUUCCCUUCAAAAUACUUGUUUCGAUCUCAGUACAUCAUUUAUGAAAUCUGGUGCCCAG